GGGCCAAAGCAUGGCCAGAGGAGGCGGACAUAAGGUUCGCCUGUCUCUAGCCGUGGAGGACGAGCCCUGAAAGGCCGGAUCGGGCUGUGUUGACGCGCAAGGUUGAAGUGAAGGUCCAAACCCGGACGGGUCACGAUGACUUCCCAUCACAAGAAGCACUGGACGAGCGUGGUCUAUCCCAGGUUAGGGCAUCGAUUUCACUUCCGCUCCUGUCGCCUAAAGGCCGAGGCGGAAGCACACCCCCUCCCACGCGUGCCAACCAGGCAAUUCCUCACUCGGCAUCGUAAACCCUCCAGAAUACUCAAUUCUCGCGAGGAAGCACCAGAAAACUGUCGUGGUGCCCGCUGAUCCGGACCCAUCCUCGAUAUUGCUGUAGCAUCAGUAGCUCUGUCGACGGACGAACACCCCUCUACGGCAAACAGAAAAUCCGCAUUGAGCGCUCAUGGAGAAGUAGUAGUUCCUGGUCCAAUUUUGCCAGUUCUGAACAUGGUGGCAACGUCGAUUUAGCUCCAUAGGUAAACACCUCACUUUGGCUCCACAUUGUCG